AUGUCGCUGGUGAGGCCGGGACUAGCCUCGCUCUUAGGCAGUCACGGACUCCGAAAGGAAGGUUUUUCGCGCACUAUUAAAGCAGCACAAACCUGCUCCUUGAAGACGAUCAGAUCUUUCUCUUGCGCUGCCAGCCCCGCUGAAACUCUAAAAGUCGGUGUUUCCAAAACAAACCCCAUGUACCUGCGCGCCCCCUGGCGGUUCUCUCGUGAAUCACUGAAAUUCUCAGUGGCCCACAUCUAUAAGCUUCUGGCAGGAGUGAUACUCUGCUCCAUCCAUGCUUGCUCUCUUGGCCAGAACUUAUCUGGCAUAGAGAACAGGAAAACCUUCAUGAUUUUGAGACAGAUGAAAAGGAUUCACUCUCAUUCAUGGCUAAAGGACAGAACUGACUUCCAAUUUCCUUGGAAAAGAGGGAAUACCACCCAAAACAAGAUGACUCGAGGCUCCUGUUACCACCCUCUGAUGCUCCAGCAGAUCAUCAACCUCUUCAACACAGAGAACAGCCGUGCUGCUUGGAACGACACCCUCCUCGAUCAGCUACUCUCUCGAUCAUGAUCAUGAUCAUGAUCAUGUGAUCAUGGCCUGGAACAACUAGAGCAGAUGGAAGAAGACAGUUUGGCUUGUGCCUAUUUGGGGAUUGUUGUCCAGAAAUAUUUCCAAAGAAUCCAUCGCUAUCUCAAAAAGAAGGAAUAUAGUUCCUGUGCCUGGGAGGUUGUCAGAGUAGAAAUUGUAGUGUGUCUUUCCCUCAUGUAA